AUGAAUAUCUGUAAUCAAUGUGGAAAUACCCAGUUUACCGUGUUGGAUGGGUUAUAUUACUGCCGAAAUUGUGGCCAACAGAUUUUGGUAGGUCUUUACACAAUUUUCCUUUUUCAUUCAACUUUGAUUCUGAUUCUUUAUUCAGACUCUUCGUGAACUAGAAUUAGAAGCUGAUCGGUAUGAUACGUUAGGUCCUAGUCUAACGAAUGCCAGUAUUCUACGAACACCCAAAGACAAGGAAAGGAGAGCUCCUCCACCAAGAGAAGCGGUUGUGAAAGAGGCUGAUGUUCUUCAUUCAGUCACUUCUUAUUCAGAUUACCCGCGGUUCUCGGCUACUGUUGGAAAGAGAUUAACCACUGCGGCCCUUCUGUUGGUCAAGAUCAGCAGGUUUUUAGAGAAAGAGUUGAAAGUUUCCUCUGAAUUAAAGGUAUGUUUAACUUUAUAUUCAACGUUUCACUGUUCCGUUUAGGGCGUUGUAAUUUCUUUGUAUCAAAAAUAUUUGAUAAAAUUUAAUGUUGCAUUUGUUGACUCUGAAGUGGAUGCAGAUGAAGAAAAACAAUUUAAGAUGAUAAUGCAAAAAACCAACGUGUAAGUUGUUACCAUUUCCGGUGCAGUUGUUUGUUAAAAUUUUCUUUGCUUAAAAUUAGAAUGAAAAUGCUUCUUCAUAGAAACUUAUUUUUUCGAUAGACUUGAAUGGUGUUUCACUAGAAAGUUUCAUUUUUGCAACUUCGGCAGACUUCAUUUGCGGUAGAUCGGGUAUAGCAACUUAACAAUCUUUACUAGUUAUUACUGUUUCAAAUCAAUUUUCAAUACUAUUAUAUACCCACAUCUACUGAAAAUUAUGCUUUCUAGGGAAUUCUCUUCAGCAAAAAUGAGUUUUCUACGAAAGAAAUCAUUUUUGCUAAACAUAAGUUGUGAAAAGCAUUUUUCAUUCACACACAUAGACCUACAAGGGCUCAACAAAACAAGUCCCCUUGUUUUUUUUGUAACAAUACCAUUUGAAGGGGUCAGAUUUUUUCCUGAAGGGUAAAAAACGCGGUCGGUCUGUUCCUCCGGAAGAGAGCGGUGUGGCCUAGUGGCUUGUGCCGUAAUCUUGAGAUCAAGAGGGCUGACGCCGCAUGGGUUCGAUUCCCCUUAAAUAAAAUUUGUAAACAUGUGAACGAUUUAACGAACAGGGGUUUAUAUAGGGCAAAGUCAACUUAAGAUUGAUUUUUCACUCCUAAAACCCAAAAUUGGGCAGCUAAUUUUUACAUAUUCUUAAUCAGCACAAUUUUUCGGAUUUUUUGACAUACGUCUCGUCGAAAAGUAGGAGCCCCCAUAAAAGUAUUUACUUUUCUUGUCAGGAAUUCUGCGAUCAUUAUUGACUCCGGUCAUUGCUGAGCGCGGUAAUUAUGGAACUCUUCGGUCAUUUUGCGAUUCGCGGCCAUUAUCCAUUCAGUUUUUUACACUGUUUCAAGCCGUGUAUGUUUCACGAAAAAACUAGGGGCGAGGUUUUGCCGAAUCCUUUUUGGUCGCUUUCAGUGAGAUAAAGAAAGAAAUGAAGGAACUGAAGAUAAAGGAAAAGGAAAGAAACAAGGCUGAAAAGGAAUUGAGGAGAUCACAGAUGAAUGUAUUUGAACAAGUCACUCAAGUUGUAAGGUCAUAAAGUAUAUUUGGAUAGAUGUUCCAGGAAGAUCGGGAGCCCGAGAGAGCAUUGGCCGUCGAUUUGAUCGAGAACGUUAAUUUAAAACUUUCGAUUCCUUCAAUCCGUUUGGCAGCCAGGGUUUAUCUUGGCAUUGAUUUACUCUUGGCGAUAACUUAUACUAGCCUUAUUUUACUCGGGAAGAGGAACAUCUUAUACUCAGAUCUGCUGAGGUAGACGUCUGGUAUAAAAUGAGAAAUAUAUAUCUUCAGAUGGCACAGGGAAGAUCGGUUUAAAAUAUCCAAAAUGCAAAUCCUCUCGCUGGUCCAAGCUGCCGAUCAUGACCAAGAAAAUCCUGCAAAAAAGAUGACGAAUCGGGUUUUCUUUACUCAAAUGAUCAGCGGGGUAUGUCAUUGUUUCACAAACGGUGGUAUUAUUUGCGUUUUAGGUAACGCCUCUCAUCGAAGGAUAUUCUCUGCUGUCCAUGUUCUUAUCAGUUCUCCAAAUACCGCAAGUCUGUCCUACUCCCUCAUCUGAAAUGGUAUGUGCAUAUAUAUUUUGCUUGAGAUUUAUAAUGUUUUUUUUUCAGAUUCUCAAAAGAUUUCUUUAUGAUCUCAAUUUGCCUUUGGAGUUAUACAAUAGAAUUAAAGUGAUCCAAGGGUUUAUAUUGGAGCCCAAGCCGUUUUUCGAUCAGUCUUGGAUUAAAAAACAUUUCCCAAUGAGUAGUAAACAUGUUGACGAACUCCUGGAAGAGGCCGACGUGGUUGGCCCCAAGGCUUUCCUUCGAUGUUUGAUGACUUUUGAUUUCAGGACAUCUAUGAUUUAGUUAGUGUGCUAUUUUGUUUUGAUAUGACCGACGGUUUCAUUUUAGCGGGCUACUUUCAUUCGAGACGAGAAUGUUAUCAGUUCUGUUGUUCACUUUAACUUUGAUUUUCUCGCAGGACUUUGUAAGUGUUGGGGACGAAGAGAGUGGUAAACACCUGUUUAAUGUCCGUGCUUGGCUUUUACAACUCACCAUGAAAACGCAGAUAAGAUCUGGAAAGUCUGUGGAUCAAGUGUUAUCCACGAAGUAAGGUGAUUUUUAAAGAUUGUCCAAUUUGAAGGAAUAAUGAUGAUAUUAACCUAACAUCGAUAACAAUGAAAAGAAUGUACCAUUUGGGCAAGUGGAAUAGGGAGAGGAAAGUGCAGACGUGUCUGCCAGAGAGGAUUUUCUUGUCAUCCAAGGAGAAGAUAUUCAGGGAGUGUUUCCCGCUUGAUCAUUCGACUGCACCUUCGACGUCGCAGAGGUCCUUAUACGGUAAGUUUGGCUUGUUUGUGGUACUACAUAUCUUUUUAGCUCCUUAUCGUUCACUGUCGAACCAACAAGAUGUAGAUGAGUCGUCUGCAUAUCUCGACAUGAACCGGAGGCAAAUCCUUUUUCUCGAUUUUUCAAAGGACAGACUUCCAAGUUUAGAACCGGAUGAUGAGGAGGUAAAUAACUGUUUUUGAAACGCUAAUUUAUUUAUUUCAGAAUUCUUUAAAUGAUUGGAGAGCUUUCUUCCCUAAGUUCCUGACUUAUAAACGCAUUCGUAGACGAGAGAUGACAACGGUCAGCAAUGGAGAAACACAUUUUCUUGAAUCAAGAUGGACUCAGAACCUCUACGAUAAUGACAAAAAGUUCCUCCAUUUGUCGUUCCUCCAGUGUUUGGCAUUAUUGGCCACAGUAAUUGGAGAGAAAGAGGAGAUACUUUACUUAUCUUUUUUGAUGGUAGAACACAUGUUUUUUGAGAUGGGCGAUGUAGAAUAUCAUGAAGACGUCGAUUCAGAAGAUCUUAAUGAAGAUUGUUCGGAAGCUGAUACAUCGAAUAAAGCUGAUUUCUGCAAAGGUACGUAAACGGGGGAGGGGUUUGAAAAAACGAAUUCUGUUGCGAUAAACUUUUUGGAGAUAUCCUCUUGGACCACACGUGGUUAAGUCCCUAAUCAGAUGCGUUUAUCCUCUAAUACCAUCUGAAUAAGAAGUCUUGGUAAAAGUGCAAGAAUAUUUUGAUAGAUGGGAUCGCCUAUAAAAAAAGGAACGACGAAAGGAAAUUAGAUUGAUGGCGUUAUUGAGACCCUAGUUAAUCUCUUAUUCCAACAACAUUCGGGCCAUGGUACGGCUUAUCCGAUAUUCCAAGAUUAGGUUCAUCCAAAAUUUGCAAAAAAAGCAUUUAAUUGGCAGAGUCUAAUUAAAUGAGGUAAAUCACUAAUUACACAGUAUUUUUAGGUAAGAACAGGAGAGAUAAAAGCAAAAAGGUAUGGCGCGCUCUUGUCCAAUCCUUCUGGUAG